CUGGGUACGAAAUAAAUUCCGUUCCGCAGACAAACCUGGUCAGUUGAUGUUUUCGAUCUCUUCAACAAGGCCGCGUUUUCUACCCUCUUCUUGGUUCUCCUUGUAUUUGCAGGUGGACAGAAUGGAUCACCGUUUGGUGUGUUUGACCCUUUUCCUGGUGUUACUGGCGGACACGGCGAGAGGCCAAGGUUGUGGACUAUCAGCGUUUCAACACGUCCCCCAGACUCAUUGUCGGGGAGAUAUAAGCACAACUAGUGAUCGUUCUGUCGAGGCCUGUGCUCAAGCGUGCUGUGACAACCCUGACUGCAAGUCAUUCCAGUUCAGCACACUGCGCAACUGCUAUCUGAUAAACAAGAUCUGUACUGCUGAGGAGAAAUUCCGUACACCCGCUGGCAACAUGUACGAUCGGAUUCAAGGAGAAUCGAAGGCACCACCAGCACCAGCAGAAGGUUGUGGACUAUCAGCGUUUCAACACGUCCCCCAAACUCAUUGUCCGGGAGGUGAAAAUCUCCUAAGCAGAACUAGUGAUCGUUCUGUCGAGGAUUGUGCUCAAGCGUGCUGUGACAACCCUGCCUGCAAGUCAUUCCAGUUCAGCACAUACGGCGACUGCUAUCUGAUAAGCAAGAUCUGUACUGCUGGAGAGAAAAUGUCUACACCCGCUGGCAACAUGUACGAUCGGAUUCAAGGAGAAUCGAAGGCACCAGCACCAGCACCAGCAGGUUGUGGACUAUCAGCGUUUCAACACGUCCCCGGAACUCAUUGUCUGGCAUAUGGAAAUGUCCUAAGCAAAACUAAACGUGGUUCUGCCGAGGCCUGUGCUCAAGCGUGCUGUGACAACCCUGCCUGCAAGUCAUUCCAGUUCAGCACAGAGCAGAACUGCUAUCUGAUAAGCAAGAUCUGUACUGCUGGAGAGAAAAUACGUACACCCACUGGCAACAUGUACGAUCGGAUUCAAGCUUCCAAGCGUAUGGUUGAGGCGAAGGAGACCCUGCAAGACUUACGCGACGUCUUGCUGGAUUUGGAGGAGGCAGCCGAGAUCGACCAGUAGACCAGGGACCUAAAAGACAUGGAAGAAGCCGGCUUGGAUGAAGACGCCGAAAAGAAGAAGGGGAGCUGAAAAAAAUAGAAGAAAAAGCCGGCAAGGCUGAAGAUGAUGAGUGAAAGUAAUCCAAACGAUCCUUAACUCUCAAGCGACUAUCCUAUAACUAGCAAUGCUUAUCAGAAGUUCUCAUUUAUGACUCCACACAACUUCUUGUUAUCUACUUGGAAAAUAGAUACAUAUCAUUCAAGAACAAGUCGAUAGUAAUUCAAUGUGUAAAACAUAAACUUUAAGACAGAUGUCUGGAUCGCUUGAGGGAUAUUUAAGGUGCCAUUUUGGAUUUGCGAAUGAAGCACAGAAGUCGAGACAAAAAAGAAUUACAUGUUUCUAACCUAAUAAGAUUUAGUUAUGGGGUCCAAGUAGCAAAGUUUUGAGAGAAGUUUGAUUUACAUGUUUCUAACAGAAUGAGGUUUAGUUAUGGGGUAGCAAAGUUUUGAGAGAAGUUUGAGUUACAUGUUUCUAACCUAAUGGGAUUUAGUUAUGGGGUCCAAGUAGCAAAGUUUUGAGAGAAGUUUGAUUUACAUGUUUCUAACCUAAAAAGAUUUAGUUAUGGGGUUCAAGUAGCAGAGUUUUGAGAGAAGUUUGAUUUACAUGUUUCUAACACAAUGAGAUUUAGUUAUGGGGUAGCAAAGUUUUGAGAGAAGUUUUAAGUACAAGAUUCUUACUAGAGGAAUUAAGUUAUGGGGUUCGAGUAGCAGAGUUUUGAAAAAUGUUUGAAUGAAAGGUUUCUAACCUAAUUGAUUUAAUUAACCGGUUCGACUAACAAAUCUUUUUAGGGAAUUAGGUGUUACAGGUACGCACGCAUGCACACACACACGAGCACUCUUACAACAUGCACAUUUAUAUGAUUUUACACCUAUUACAAAAAAUCAACUGAACGCCAAUGAUCUCAAAGUCACAGAACACCUCUUAUUCAUCGAUUUGUAACGAAGUUUUAUGAUCUCAGCUCAUGUUCCACGAUGCAACCUUCCAACCAACUUUCUUACAGCUUAUGGAAUCAUUUUGAUGAAAAUUUUAAAUUUGUGGAAUUAUAAUAAAGUUGGUGUUUGGUUUAAA